AAAUACAAGAAGGAAUAAUUUCAAAGAAUUUCGUCUCGUGCCGAAAUAGAAAAGGAAAGAAAGAUCAUUCUGCUCUCCUCGCUCCUGGUUGAGUUUUGUUUUCUGCAGAACCAACCAACCCUAAUUUGAUUCACCUUCUCUUAUGGUUUCCCUCCCUCCUUCCGUCGAUCUCCCAAUCUCUAGGGUUCAGUGAUUUGACGACUCUCUAAAUGAGUGCCCGAUUCCGACGAUACUCGCCGUAUUUCCAAGCUCCGAAGAAACGCAGAUUCACCAUGUCUCAGGAUCCCUCCAACAAGCCAUCUUCGUCUUCGGUCUCGAGGUAUCCUCACGCCAAAGCUCCUCUUAGACGACAAAUCCACGCUCCUAGCAGACCCAACCUUAUCUACGCCAAGGCUAAGAAGCCUAACAGCGAUUGCUGCGACAAUGGAAAGCUUUUCACUCGCGAGUAUGAUCACGCCAAGAGAACAGCUUUGGAUGCUUGCAGGUUCCUUAACAGAGACAAAGAGACUAUCAAUUUGGAGGAAGAAGAAGCAGUUUCUCAAGAUUCAGUCAUUGAAGUCAUUGAUUGCGAUGAUGAUGAUGAUGAGGAGGAGGAGGAGAAGGAUAUUCAGACUCCUUCUUCCUCUUCUUCAAAUGUUAACAACUUUGGAGGAGUUGGUGACACUAGUACCAUGCUUGAUUCCUUGUCUUUAGGUAGAGAGGAGGAGACGACGGCAGAAGAUGCUUCCAGCCUCCAAGCCUAUAAAAAGCUUAUGCAAAGCGCAGAGCGGCGGAACUCCAAGUUGGAAGCUUUGUUGUUUGAGGUUUUGUUUCAUGAGAAGCGCUUGUCUCAGCUUCGUAACCCUCGUCCAAAGCAUGUGAAGAAGCCUAUCAAGAAGGUACCUCAUGAACCAUUUAUACCUCUCACUGAGGAGGAAGAGGCUGAAGUCAACCGUGCUUUUUCCGGGAGAAACAGGAGAAAGGUCUUGGUGAGUCAUGAAAGUUCUAACAUUGAUAUCACUGGAGAAGUUCUGCAGUGCCUUACACCAUCUGCAUGGCUAAAUGACGAGGUUAUCAAUCUCUACCUUGAACUUCUCAAAGAAAGAGAAACUAGGGAGCCGAAAAAUUAUUUGAAGUGUCAUUUCUUCAAUACCUUUUUCUAUAAAAAGCUGCUAAGCGACUCUGGUUAUAACUAUAAAGCUGUUAGGAGAUGGACUACGCAGAGAAAGUUGGGAUAUGCUCUUAUUGACUGUGACAUGAUAUUUGUUCCCAUCCACAGGGGUGUACAUUGGACCCUAGCAGUUAUUAACAACAGGGAUCGCAAGUUCUUGUAUCUCGAUUCACUAAAUGGAGUUGAUUCUAAGAUUUUGAAUGCUCUGGCAAAAUACUUGGGCGAUGAAGCUAAAGAAAAAAGUGGAAAAGACAUUGAUGUUAGUUCGUGGGAAAUGGAAUUUCUUAAAGGCAUUCCCCAACAAAAAAAUGGGUAUGACUGCGGAAUGUUUAUGCUCAAGUACAUAGACUUUUUUAGUAGAGGCCUAGGGCUAUGUUUCAGCCAGGAACAUAUGCCAUACUUCCGGCAAAGAACGGCUAAGGAGAUUCUGAAACUACGAGCUGAAUAGAACUGUUCGGGCUAUGCCUUUUUAGGAGUGCUAUUUUGCUAUACAUUGUUGAUUUGUUCAAACUAUAAUUUUUCCACUGCGUUUAGGCAGUGAAGCGCUCAACCUCAGAAGCAGAGGUAUUUAUUCCUUUUGUAUUUUGUUGUAUUUUAUUUUGAUUAAAAUUGUAGAUGGAGCAUGUUGGAUUUAGUUAGUCUAACUAAAUAUGAAUAGUUGUUCUGAACU